AUGAUCUGGUUUUGCCGAAUAGUCGGUGGUCUGCCAAUGGAAUUUGCACCAGAGACAAGAGGAACUAAAGCACUUGCAUUUUCUACUCCUGCAUUCCUCUGGAGCACAACAUUAGUUAUUCUGCAAGAGAUUCUCUCUAGCAUCGUUUUGUACGUCUAUUUCAUGGGCAGACAGCAUGGUCUUUUAUCAGAUGCAUUAACCAGAACCACUGACUUUGCAACAACCCUGCAUGUCGUCUCUCUACAAGUGAUGGUGGCUGUCGUAUUCCUCAGCUCCUCUAGGAAGUACCGAAGACUGGUGGAAGUCUUUGACACUCUGGAGCGUGUCUACCGAGAUCACCAGUGCAAGACAUCAGAGGUCAAGUUCACAGUGAAGUUGUGGGGAGUCUGUACCACCGCAGUAGUAUUAGCCACCACAGCUCCUAUUAUUCAAGAUGGAAUUUUAUCUGGCCGAAAACUCUCAAUGUCGCUGGCUAACAUCUUCCUGUUGCUGCCGUACUGUUCAGAAGUGGCUGUGUUAGUUCACUUUACACAUGUCACUCAAAUCAUCGCAAAGUGCUUCAGAAUGGUCAACGCAAGAAUCCAGAAAGAACUCAUCAGUCAUGCAAUUGAAAGGAUGGAAAUAAACAGCAGCCUGCCUAAUGUUGACGUCAUCCAUGCAAACCGAAAACUCAGUCUAAAAAAAUCCAAACCACGUGGGAUACUGUUCUCCAAACGGUGUAAUCUUGGCAGUGUACUGUUGGAGGCGUACUGCGUCGAGGAUGCCAUCUCUCGAGCAAGUCCCUCGAGCGUGACGGGUGAUAUGCUCUCUAAAGCCAAGAAACUGAGGACUCUGAUGAACACCUACUGGAUGCUGUGUGACGCUGUACACCAGGCUAAUGUCUUUUACGGUGAUCAGCUGAUGGCCGUUAUCUUCACUGCAUUUGUCCACAUCACUAUCACGUCUUACUACUUCUUCUUGUACUUCGGAAUGGUUACGGUGUUCGCAUCCAUUAGUGGUGGAGCUUGGAUCCUGAUCCACAUUUGUUACGUGGUUGUCUUAAUAAACUCAAGCACGGACGUCAUUAACUCGGCUGAUGAGACAGGAAUGUUGAUCUCCAAGUUUAUGAACAAAGAUCUGGAUCCAAUUUUGAAGAAACAGUUGGAAGGGUUUCUUCUCCAGUUGCCUCAUCACAACGCAAGAUUCUCUGCUCUUGGAUAUUUCCAGAUUCACAACGAGACUCUCACAGCUAUGGCUGGAGCGGUUACAACUUACCUGGUGAUUCUUAUCCAGUUCCAGACUCAGCCAUCAUUCACCUAG